UGGGAAAGAAGAAAAGAGGUCCAACAAAAAUGAAAAAAAUUGCUACAAGUAGUGAUGGUCGAUUAGAAGUCAAAUUCAAUGCAUUGGGCCAGCCAAUUGGAGAUGCAUCGAUAGGUUUAUCUUCAUUUCUUGGACCACUUGUGAGGGAAAUUGUACCAGCAACUAUAACUGAUUGGAGAAAGAUUACUCCUGGGAUGAAAGAGGUUUUGUGGAAAUCAGUUCAGGCAAGAUAUUUGGUUGAAAAAGAUUGGGAGAAAAGCUAUAUAUUUAAAGCCAUGACUGAUCUUUGGAGAGCUUCUAAAUCAAGGCUGGUUGCUAAAAUAAGCAAGGCACCAAACGAACAAGAAAGAAUUAAACUGCGGCCUGAUAAUAUCAAAUCUGAAGUUGAGUGGAGAGCUUUUGUUAGAGAAAAAACUAGCUCUGAAUUCAAGGUUUGAAAUCUAAC